UUAAAGUUCCGUUAAUCUCUAAGCUUAAUUUACGAUAAAUCUUAUUUACGUUUACGUAUAAUCUUAUGGUUUUCGACGACCGACGCCAUACCCUUAUUAACCAGACAAUUCUAAAAACCUCUAUACAAUUUCUUAAACAUCGCAACCCUGACAAGAUGGCAGCGAGCAACUGUUCACUGAAUAUGGAACCUUAUUUAUUUAUAUUUUUUUUUGAAUUCUUAUUAUCGUUUUAAGAGUUUUUGUGGUUACCUGUUUGUGCACUCAAUUCGCCAAUAAGCGGUGUUUGCUGAUUGUAAACCCAAAAAAUACUUAUCUUAUCAAAAAACCUUGCGAUACCAACAUCUACCAGUGGUUAUAUAAACGACUAACAAAGUUUUUGAGCCCUAUUAUUAAUUUAGUGUUAAAAUGUCCAGUGUAAAGAAAGUGGCUGUGGUUACAGGUUCCAACAAAGGCAUAGGUUUUGCAAUAGUUAAAGGCCUUUGUGAAAAAUUCAAUGGGGAUGUUUACCUAACUUCCCGAGACGUUAAAAGAGGCCAAGAAGCUGUCUCAAAACUGAAUGCCUUAGGACACAAACCCCUUUUUCAUCAGCUUGACAUAUCAGAUGAAACCAGUGUGAAUAACUUUAAGGAACACAUUAAACAGACCCAUGGUGGUCUAGAUAUUUUGAUUAACAAUGCCGGGGUGUAUGCCAGUAAUGAUUUACCAGAGGGAGAAAAGGCGGAAAAAGAUGUGGCUGUGAAUUACUUUGGAACUGUCAGGGUUUGUGAGGCUCUCUUUCCACUCCUGAGGCAAAAUGCAAAAGUAAUUAAUGUGUCCAGUUCAGCAGGUCUUUUGCAAAAGAUUCCCUCAGAAGCUAUCAGGGCCAAAUUUAAGGAUGCAAAAACUGUUGAACAAUUGAAUGAGUUGAUGAGGGAAUAUAUAAAGGAUGCCAGGGACAACACAUACCAAAGUAAAGGUUGGGGGGUCCCACCGAAAGUCUCUUACAUCGUAUCAAAAGUGGGCGUCAACGCUCUCACGGUGAUCCAACAAAAACUACUCGACCAGGAACAACCGAACCGUAACAUCUCGGUAAAUUCCGCGCAUCCCGGUUUUGUUGACACCGACAUGACCGAUCACAAAGGAGUCCUGACCGUUGAUCAGGGGGCAAAAUCUUCACUAUUUUUAGCUCUCGAGGCGCAAGUAAAAGGCAAAUUCGUUUGGUACGAUUGUACGAUUAUGGAUUAUGACGGACCGAUUCCUACUGCAUAAUUUCCAAAGAGAUUUUUUCGUUUUGUUGUUUUAAUGUAUUAAAUUCCAAAGGAAACUCAAAAAUUUUAACUCCUAAGGAGAAAACCCUUUGGUUUCUUUAAUUUUUUGAAGAUUAGCAAAGUUUUGAGAAUGUUUAAAAAACAUACUCAAAAACUCCAGUAGACCAAAGGAUUUUUCUUCUUCGAGUUUCCCUUGAAUUCAUUUGCUAAUUUGUAAAAAACUUUACGCUAUUGUAAAUAAAUGAAAAGCAUUUCAAAGAAA